UUCUAACUAUUAGGAUGCUAUUUGUGGUAUAAUAGUUAUUAUAUAAUAAAAAAGAACCAUUUGCAUUACAUAGUUUGACCAGUUUUUCAAUAAAGCAACAUUAUAUAACAGAAAAAUAUUAUUUGAUACACAAUUGUUACUUAACUGAGACGCAGAAUGGUCACUAAACAGUAAUAUUCGUAUUAUUUGUUACAUGGCUGUAUGCAAUAAAUAAUAAAAUAUAAAUAAUUUAAUUACAAGUUAUAGCACAUAUAUGAUUUUAUUUAUUUUAUUAUUAUGUUCUAGUUUGUAAGUUCUAAGUACAACUUGUAAAAAAUAUGUAUAAAGUAAAGAAUUAUAUACCAGUUAAUAUACUAUACUCUUUCUUACCUUACUGUACUGUCCAAGAACAUACUUCAAAAUGUUAGGUGGUGCAUCGUGUAUUAAAGGUUCCAAUGCUUCAAGGCACAUGCAUCGUUGUAAUACUUGCUUUAAUGUCACAUUACAUUUUAGUUUCAAAUCUUCUGAGCUGUUUGGAUCAUUGUAAAGCUAAAAGUAGUAUAGAAGUCAAUAAUAUUUCACAACGAAGGAUAAUAAAGAAUAAUAAAUAAAAACAUUGAAUUAUACUUGUAAUAACUUUGGAAGAAUAUUUGCAACUACAAUUGCUUUUGCAUGCUCUGGAGUAUGUUUACCGAUUUGUCCAGUUGCCCAUAUGGUGAUUGCAAGUACAUGUUCAUCCUUUUCUUCGUGUAACACAGUAGAUAAUUGAGUAACUCCCUAAAGUAAAUAUUUUUACUUAGAGUAUUAUAAUAACUAAAAUAUCAGUGCACUAUACUUUAGAUCCAAUAAUUGCAAUAGCUAAUUGAUCAGAAUGUCCAGCAAUGUAACCAAUUGCCAUUAUUGCUGGUAAUCUAGCUGUUAAUUUCGAUGUGUUAAUCAAUUCUGUGAGUGCACCAACACCACCAAUAUUUACAAUGAGCUGAGCCAUCUGAAAAUAAACAUAAUUAAUACAUGAUUAGAAGAUUGUUUGAUUAAGUUACUUCUAUCGUAUGUUUGCAAAUUUCUCUAGUUAAUGUUGCUGCAGCUUUAACAAUGCAUUCCUCGGGGUGUGCCAUAUGAAUAAGAACACUAGGAAAAACCUCAGCUUCGAUGAUAGAUUCUGCCAAGUGUGUAGUAUGCUUUGCUAUACUACUCAGUGUGCAAAGAACUUGACGCUGUAUGUUAAUGAGAAUCAGAACAUUAUAUUACAAAAUUAUAUGGUAUCUAUUUUUAUUUCACCUUUAAUUUGGCAUCAGGAUUAGAUAAUGCUUUUGCAAGGAAAGGAACAGCUCCAGCAUCAACAAUAACUUCUGCUAGAUCUUUUUCAUGUUUGCUUAUAUCACAAAGGGCAGAUGCACUUAUCUGUUUCAAAUAUAAUUCAGGUUCUUGUAAACAUAAAACUAAAAGGGGAACUGCACCUGUGGGUUAUAAAAUUAAUAUGUAAAUAUAUUUUGACUGAGAUUAUUAUGACAAUAGAUAUACCUGUAUCGACUACUGCUUGAGCCAAGUUUUUAUUGUGUCUAGCAAUAUAUCCUAAUGCCCAAGCUGCAGCUUCUUUUACAACAGCAUCAAAGUCUUCUAAGCAAACCAUUAUAAUUUCUAAUCCAUUGCUCUGAAUUAUUAUGGAUGCCAAUUCAGAAGAAUGCUUGGCUAUCGCACGAAUAACAAACAAAGCUGCUUUCUUAUAAAAUUUCUGUAACAAGUGUUACAACAAAAUUUAUAAAAAAAAAUAUAUAGUUAUGUACACAUGUACAUACAUUAUUACACAUAAAAACUUAUACAUUUUGUUUAGAGAUAUUUUUUAAUAAUUGAGGCAAAAUAUCUUUUUUUAUAAUAGCUUGUGCCAAUCGACAAUCAUUGUUUGCUAUUUUUCCUAAAGCUAUAGCUGCCAUGUGUUGUAUAGAAGGCACAGGAUCUGUCAGCAAAGGAUGUAAAAGAUCUAAAGCACCAGCAGCUUCUAAACAUUCUAUAUUAUUUGGUCUUGUGGCGAGAUCGGCAACGGAUUGCACGAAAAGUAUACGAGCUUUUUGAUAUUGGUCAAAAACUGCAAAAUAAUGAUGACCGAAGAUCUACUGGUUAAAGAAAAGGGAUUCCGCCUACUGAAUAAAGAACUCGAACAAAGAGCAAAUGAUUUAAUGAAGAACAUAGAUCACGUUAUAAACACUUAUAAUAACGAGUGUUCGGUUUCGAAUUCAAAAAUACAAUAUAGAAAUGUAACGAAUAAAGAAACAGAACUACCAGGGAACUCAAUACAACGAGAAAAUGAUAAUAUUCAAGUUUCAAUUAAACGUAAUACGUCCUUACCUUAUAUCUUUGACGAAGUAUCCUCAAAAUUGAAGGUGGAACCACAAAAGGAUCACGCGAACGAAGCGUGUAAGAAAGAAAAUUUAGCACAUUUAACCAUUGUUAAUUUAUUUAAAUCGAAAAUAGAUGUAUUGCAGAAGGAACUGCAAACAUUGCAUACCGAAUAUAGAAAGAAGUGUGAUAUUUGCAAGGAUCUGGAAAUUGAACACAAAAAGUAUGAAACAAGAAUGCAAAAUGACAUAGAAUCAUUGAAAGAUACAAUUACAAAGUUAGAAAACAUAAACAAAGAGCUACAUUGUCAAUCUCAAGCACUGAAUGCUGAAAAUUUAGUUAUAAAAAAGGAUUUGGAUAAACUCCAAAAACAAAUCAAAGUACUGAAUCAGCAAGGUAACAAUUAUAGUGUAAGAUUGAACAGAUCAUUAGAAAAUAAUGAUAAACUAAGAAAUGCACUUAAAUGCUCUCAAAUAGAAGAAAAGGAAUUAAGAAAUCAACUGAGGAAACUACAGGAUGAUAAAAAACUGACUGUUAAUAAUUUGGGAAAACAACUUUCAGAAAUAGUACAAGUAUUUAAAAAACAAAUGUUAGUUAUAGAUAAUUUAAAGAAACAAAAUGCAUGCUUAAUUACUAUUGGACAAUUAAGAUUCACAAAAGAAGAUUUUUUGAGAUUACUGGAUCAAAAACCCGAGUGCUUAUGAUAAAUUGUAUAUAAAACAUUUAUUGAAUGACUGCUACAAUUUAUACACUGUGAAAGAUGGAAUAAUUCCAUUUCAUAGCCACAAGUAUGAUACAAUUUUAUUUUACAACGUGUUUCUUAACAAUACUCGUCACAGAAAAAAAGAUUUAUGUAUUCUUACUUUGUAAAUUACUUAUCAGAGUUUUAUGAAUUUUAAAAGUCUGAUCAUUAACUUAAGGUUUUAUACUAGAAUUUUUACUUUCGUUUUUAAUUUAUUUUCUCACUCGAAAUAAAUAUAUUUUUUCAAUUACUGCAUAAUCGUAGCAAUUAUUCGAUUGCGCUAUACAAAAUAGUGAUCAUACUUGAUAAGUUAAUGGGACCUAUAACAAAAGAUUCCAAAGCAAAAUAUAAAAGGUGGGUUUAUGGUUACCAUGGAAAUCAUGCAUUCCGAUUAAAUUCUAUUUUAAUUUUCAUUUCGUAUCAUUUAAGAAUAAAUUGAUCAAAAUUGCAUGGAGAUGCACGAUCGAUUUCCAUUGCAACUGUAGUAAAUUCAAACUUUCUACUUUAGACAAUAUUAAAUGACCCUUUCAACUUAUUUACACAUAAGUCCUAUUUUGUGCAUGAGGAAUAAAAAUUGACAACAAUGAAUUUUAGCCAUAUGUACAGAAAUUCGAAAUAUUAGUAUGUUCCAUAGCUAGCAUAUGUAAAAUGAUCGUUACGAUUUUAUCCGUAUACGGUACACGUAAGUGGGACUAAUAUUGUAAAUUAAAGUGUUCAGACAUUCCAGAAAACAUCGAUGUUAUUUUCAAUUACGUUACGCAUAGAUUUUACAAAUCUUAAUUCUGGCAGUGGAGAAUUUUGUAUGCUCUAGCUUAAAUAAUGUAUCGUCGUAUGUUUUCUAAACCUACAAGAGUAAUCGAAUCUAGAAAUUUUCACAUGGAAUUAAUUAAACGAUGUCAAACAUCAUAAAAAAGUGAAUAAAGACGAUGUAUGCUCGCAUCCUUCGGCUCAAUGCAUCCUGCACAACCUACUUUGAACAAUUUAAUACUUCAUCGUUCGAAUUCGUGCUACUUUUUAUUUAAUAAAAUACAUUAAGUUAAUAUUUUCUUUUUUAUAAUUAAAUAUAAAGAUAUUACUCACCCUCAAAUAUGUUGUAAUGUAAUUUUCGGUUUUAAUUACAGUGACUUUCAGUUCGAAACUCGCACUUCUCAGACUUUUUACAUGUUGAGUUCCAUCACUCAACUCCGAAAUCAUGGUAAUAUUUGUAAGCAUUAAAUUUAUAUAUUUUUAUAUACUGUGGUUUACUAUAUCAUUUUUAACAUUAGUGGCAAUAAUAUAUUAACAACGAUCGUUCAGUUAGUGAAGUUAAAUUUAAGCCACUGUAUGUGCCUGCACUCAAAAUUAUAGCAUACCACAAAUUUUCUUUUUACUUUAUAUUGCACUGUGAAUAUUUAAUGCGUUCUAAUUACUAAAAGAUAUAACUCUGAAGAAACCAUUUGAAUAAUUUGCCUCAAGUAUUUGACACGUCUAGCAUCAACAAGGAGAAUUCGUUAGUCUCAUAUUUUAAACGUUAUUUUCGCUUAACAGCAGAAACGAGCUCUCUAAGCUUUAGAUACAAUGUAUACAAUUAAUACAAUUAAUAUUUCUUAGUCAAUUUUUUUUUUAUAAUCUUUCCAUAACGACUCAAAAAUUGUAUGCUUUUUACGGUCUGCCAGCCAUUCGAUGAAUUCAUUUUAAAUUGAGACUGCUCUGAACAAAAGAACAACUCAAUUCUUACAUUGCUAGGGCAGUUUGGUUUAUUCACUGGUACAAAAUUUUGUUCCUUAUACACGUGAUUACUAACGAGACUUCACAAUUGCUAAAAUGCAUUACUAUCUAUGUGCUUAUUCGAAUUUAUGACGUGUUUUAUAUUCUAUAAUACAAAUAGCUGAAAUUACGUUUCUCUUUUUUAAAUCAUUUUUCAUUCUUUUUGAAUUACAUGACUUACAAUGUACCCUGAACUUUUUUCAUUAUUCGUAUUCUAUUCACAGAAUAUAUUUUUAUAUUUUAUCCCUGUUGCGAUUAAUCCCUUAUUUUUCCCCAUUUUUAUUAGAGUUUUAACUUUGAGAACGUUGCUUUUACUAUUGCAUCUAAAGACUCGCGUCGAUAAAUUUUCUUUCAAGUAACUUAUGUCAAAGGCGGCACAGACAGUAACACACCUAGCAGCUUGACUAUGAAAUAAUUUUAUUAACAUAUUAUAAAAACCACUCUAAAUGCGACCAGAGGGACAACAUGGUACAAGGGCAUCCAUGUACAAGGAAAAUAUACGAGUUUCAAAAUAUGAGACUUAAAUAAAUAUUGUGACAGUAUGUAGCAAUGAGAGUGGAGAGUCAUCUUUCUUUUGCGUAUAUGGUUGCUGCUGUAUCGUUGUCCUAGAUCAACUUGAUCAUGCCAGGUAGCUGUAAGUGUCCUUUUGACCCUCUGUGCGCUCCAGAUAUUCUUUUUCAAUUAAAAUAUCUAUACAUUUCUGAAAGGGCAAAAUCAUUUUCCGUUAAGUCUAAUAUUUGGAUUAUUUAUAAGUAGUUCUCAAAUAUUUUAAUUCGGUUCGUCGACAUUAUGUUACAAUAAAUUAAUAGAAUAAGAAAUACAAAUCAUUAGCUCACAAAUUUUUAUCAUUCUGUAAUCGUUGCGCAUACUUACCUUAAUAAUAUGUACUCUUGGCUUGAACCUAGAGCUUAACUGAUUCAAUACUUCAGCCACCAGUUGCUGAUGCUUUGAGACUUUUCUCAUUUUCAUAAUCCUAACAAUCGCCGCUUGUAUCAGAAGUUUUCUAUCUUCCUCUAUAUGUUUAUGCGUCGUUUCUUGUUCGAUUUUCAAUUCCGUUUUCAUUGGUAUAUUAAUAUUUACUCUUAGUUUCUUGCUAUUAUAAAAAUAAUAUACCAAUAUAAUCUUGGACGAAAUCAAUAUUUCAUAUAACUAAAUACACAUACUUUUUAUAUCCCGUGAAAAGUUCCACUGUUGACAUUGGAGUCAAUUCAGUUUCAUCGUCUGUAGUCGAUGUUAACAGUUUAGAUUUCAAGAGUAUUUGUAUGACCUACAACAUAAAAAUAUUUUUAGCGUUUCGUUUCUUUCUAAUAUUUCUUAACGAUAAUACAUACUUGGAACAAAAAGUCCAUUUUUAUUUGCGUUGCAUCAUGCAAUUGUUGUAUUGUCCAUACUGUGGAUCCGUUAAAUUGUAAUAAAAUAGCCAUUUGAAAGGUAGAUGCUUGUAAGGUGUAUCUAUAAUUAAAAUUGCAUUUACAAACGCCCUUUUGUAAAUGUUGUAAGAUUGUUAAAAUGUCACAUAUCUUUCCUAGGUAUAGUAUUACCUAUUUUUAAAACAAUUUGUGUGUAAUUCUCCUUUAGACAUAUUGUAUAACCAACUUAACUUCCUUCCACUAUGCUGAGAACUAUAGAAAGUGGUAAACCUAUGUACAGAUCGUUCUAGCUGCAAUGUAUAAAUGUUGCGUUAAAUAUUCAUAAAAUUUCGAAGUUUAAGAUAAAUUAUUUUAGGAUCGAAUUUACCUCAGUUGGUAAUGAGAAAGUAAAAGUUUGUAAAAACGGCCAUGAGCCAGAAGAUAACACUUGUAUACUGAAAUCUAUGUCCAAUGGUUCAGCCGAGUUUGUCAAGUGUCUUUUAAAUUGCUCGUUUAGAUCCUUGGACACGCCAAUAUCCUGUGGACAGACUGCUAUAAUCAAAAUGUUGCAUAGUUUUGGCAAAAUUUAAAUUAAUGCGAUAUAAAAGUAAUUUCCUGGAGGAAAAAUAAUGAAUGUGUUGCGUUAUGUGAAAUAAAUGUUAAUGAUUAUGACACAACUUUUUACCCUAACACAGUACCUGAAACAUUCGUUGUAAUUUUGAGGUGUACUCAAAACCGCAAGCUUGUUUCAAUUUCGAGAUCAUAGAAGCCUCUGCAUCAUCACUGGCCGACAUAUGUUGUACCAAACGUUUUGCCAGCAUUUUGCUAUAGAAUUUUUGAAAUACAUCCUUGUCUUCGAUAUAUUUAAAUACUACCAUCUAUAAUUAAGAAGUGUUAACAAUCUAGUUUGACCUUUGCUUUUAUUUGUUGUAUGGUUUUUACUCACAACUUGAUUAAGUGUAUCUUCAAGUUCUGCUUCCUCGGGAUUUUUACUACUUUUUUUCAACAAUAGAUCACAAUAUUUUGCUAGUAACUCUGGCGAUUUACUACUACUAUUUGCUGUUCUAGUUACUGAAUUAUUAUUAAUAAAUCUUCCACAAGCCUUAUCAAGAGCUGCCACAAAACCACUGUCAUUAUUAAAUGCAACAAGUACUAAAGCAUUAUACUUCUUAUGAAUCUCUAAAGUUGUAUUCACAUAAACCUUUGGAUCCUAUAAGAAAAGAAUUAGUUUUAAAAAACGGUUAAUACAAUUAUAAUUAUAUUAUUAUCAUAAUACGUAACAGAAG